CAUAUAAAACACUCGCAUAUGUGUUUAACAAAUUGCUUUUUUUGACCGUUUUAAAUUUUUCUACAAUUUCUGCGGUAUUGUAUUUUUACAUUAUAUACCGUAGUAUAUAUGCAUAUCGCAAUCGCAAUGUUAUCUAAACUUCACUUUACAAACUGAGGCAUACAUAUGAAUAAAAUAAUAGUUUAUCCCUGUGGUUCUUUAUUGUGUCUUUCUCGAAGUAGCUAGUUUCGAGUGCUUGUUCUGUGAUCAAAUUAGAAUACGGUGGUAAAAUUCGUGGUCGAUCUGAUUGAAACGAGCUUUUGGAUAGAUAGUAAGUAGGUGCAUACGAAGAACCGGUUUGUUUGUAGCAUGUAUAUGAUAAAUCUAUAAAUCUCUUUCGGUUCGGGGUUUCCUCGUUAUUAUUGACUAAGACCUAAGACAACAAAGUAGGUUUUCAAUUUCCAGAAAUGACGCUACCAUGUCGGUUACGGCGCAGCACGCGGUAAAGUGUCGUAGUAUCACAUAAUACAAUUUUAUCAUUAACUGUAGGUGUUUUUAGCACAGAAUAACGAGUGGUUUUAGGUAAUAUGAGAAUUAUCGAUAAUAUACAUAAUUCGUUUAUAUUAUAUUAUCGAUAUUUGUAACGUAUUUUCUAGCAUUCUUGGAUUAGAUUUUUUUUCGUAAUAUCACAUCCAUUUAUAAUUUAAGAUAUUCCGGAUAUACUGUGUAUUGAACGUAGGCUGGUAGAUAAAACCUUAGCCUUGGACAUAAAUGGACUUGUAUUUCUCAUUUUUAUUUUGAUAGCGUAUAUACACACUUUUAUCACCUUCAAUUGUGUGUUUAUCAUCCGAUUAAUUGCUUCUCUGUCUCUGUAACUGUUUAUGCUCGUUUUCGUUGCGCCCAUAUAAGAUUUUAAUUACACGCAUUAUACUUGUUUUUCAGUUGAUAUGCCUUCUUUUAUCGAAGUCAUCCUAUUUUUCAACUACGUAAUUAGUAACAUAUGUAGUUCGUUCAAAUACUACCUUGAUGGCGAUAUUUACGAAAAUUAGUUUUUACAUUUAGUUGCAUAAUCAGUUUUUACAAACUAUAUACUUAUUACAAUUAUUAUAAUUAUGAUUAUUAGUUAUAAGCAUUUGUGUUUGGUAAAAUUGGUUCUAAGUUAUUAUUUAUUAAACAUAGUCCCUGCCUUUCGGCUUUGGACGACUUCCGGUUUACAUACUUUCUUACUGGUUCUAAGUUCUAUAAAUAAAAGUUCUAAGUUAAAAUAAAUAAAAAAUAGGAAGAACAUGAAAUUAAACUCAACUUGAACUCAAAGUGCGUAUACGAGCAAGAGUACAUAAUAUGUGUUUUCAAAGGAAGGGCGAUAAAAGAAGCUCUCCCGACCUCGCAAUUCGACCUCGUUUCACUACGCCGUUUCUCAUCCUGUGGUGCGCUGUGCGGCCUCGUUCUCUCUCGUGUUUUUCUUGUUGUUGUUCUUGAUGUUUCUUGCUCAAACAAAAGAAAAGAAAAUUCUGCUAAACGACUUUUUCAAUUUUCAAGGCAUCAUGGAUUUUAAAUUCUAAGUUUUAAGCUCUUAAAGCGAUGGAAAUGGAAACCAUACAACAAUCGAAACCUAACUUACUUUUAAGACACCUAUUGUAUUAGUGGUUUGUCUAUACACUAUGCUAUUAUAGCGUAUACUACUUAGACAGUUUUAAUUUUAAUACCAGACAAACGAUAGUGUAAAUCAGUAUGUUUAACGUUUAGACAUACACAUUAGUAUAAAAUCAUAAAGCAUUUAAAACCAUGAAGUCAAUGAUAUUGAGAAAAAAAAAUGGCAAGAUGAUAUAACAACGGUAGGCUCCACCGGUCCUAUAACGAAAGUGGUUAUAGCAUGGUUAUGGCAAAAGCAUAACUUGGCUGCUACUAUUUUUCACCAUUGUUAUGUUAUAUCUCACGAAAUAAUCACAGCUGUAUAUUUUCUGUUUACGUUGCUAGAUUUUAUCGCUUGUACUAUCUAAAGUCUAAACAAGUGUUACGUUAAAAUUCUUUUUUUGCAUGAUUUUAAUCUAAUAAAGGGAGAUUUAUGUAUAUUUAGCGAAUAAUGAUUUAUGAAACUUGAAAUAUUAUGAUAUAUAUGACACAGAAUUGUAAUAUUUAGUUUUAAUUAACGGGUAAUCAACACACAUGGAAAACUAGGAAAUGUUUAUAUAUACAGGGUGGUUGGUAACUGGUGGUACAAGCGGAAAGGGAGUGAUUCAACGCGAAAAAAGAAAUCGAAAAUAUAGAAUAAACAUUUUUUUUAAAAUUUUUUUUUAAUUUUUCCAUCGUGACGACGAUCUACAGCGAGAUCCGUUAUAACGUACUGCACGCGUACCGAGCGAAAAUUCAAAGUCGAUUUUCUCGAAAACAAAGCCUCGAACGAAAAAUUUUUAUUUUAUAUUUUCGACUUCUUUUUUCGCGUUGAAUCACCCCCUUUCCGCUUGUACCACCAGUUACCAACCACCCUGUAUAUUAUUUUCCCGUUGCGAAGAGCCAUAUUAUUAGAUACAUGACAAUGUCGUGUAUGCUGUUUGUAUGCGCAGAGUAAUAUAUGUUCUACACGUACCGUGUACUUAAACAUUUCAUACUAUUUUACAAAAGAAAGCACUAAUUAAUAAGAAUCAUAUACAUUAGAAAUUAUUUGUAGUGAACAUUUACUUUAUUAUUUGAACUAUAUCCUUUAUUGUUUCAAAUACUAGUUCCUUUGAAUACUAACUGAACGCAUUUUAUUUGAAUGCUAAUACGCGUAUUGUUAGUAGUUAGUUACUUCGAAACAAUAUUGCAUAUUUCUUUAUAAUAUAAGCGAUAAUAACCAAGUCUUACUCUACAUAAUGAAAUCUUAUAAUCUUCGUUUAAUUUUGAGUUAAUAGUUCGCGUUUUGAAAAGAUGAAAUUCUAUGUUUGGUUGGUAGAGCAACGGAGAAAAACUGAUCUGAAUGAGAAUGACAGUAUGAAUUCAGUGAAUUUUCACGAUCGCUGGUAUAUAUAAGUAGUACUGGUUCCUGGUGCGUCAUGGAACGAUGGUCACGAAGUUGGCCAGAGUCAGAAUAUAGGAAGGAAGACGAAGAUAUUGUAAUCGACGAGACAAUGGUUUCUUGGAGGGGACGACUAACUUUUCGGCAAUACAUACUGACGAAAUCACAUAAGUAUGGUAUAAAACUAUUCAAACUGUGUUCCACCGAAGGUUACACAUGGUUUGCAAAAGUAUAUUCCGGACGAGAUAUCACUGGAAGUAAGCAAGUUGGCACAGCUGAAAACGUCUGCAUUGAAUUUGCAGAUAAAUUGGACGCAUGUCGUUGGAACUGUACGGUACAACAAAAGAACAAUUUCAUAAUGUCGUACCAGUUGAAGAGAGGUAAAAUGAUAACACGAGAAGAUAAGAACGGUAUUGUGAUGCUCAAACGGAGAGAUGUUCGAGAUGUUAGAAUAUUAUCAACAAAACAUGCACCCAUUAUGAUUUCAAGCUCGAAUUCUUCAUAUCGCAGACGUCCUCCGAAACAGAAACCUUUGGUGGUAAUUGUAUACAAUAAUGGAAAAACUAGUAUCGACAGAAGUAACCAGAUGGUCUCUUAUGUCACUACGAUACGGAAAAGCAUCAAGUGGUAUCGGAAAUUAGCACUACAUUUACUCUUAGGAACAACUAUGGUAAAUGCUCAUAUUGUGUACCAAACAACCACAAACAGAAAAAUACGGGAAAAUUUCGGGAAAUUCUCGUCUCCGAAUGGUCCGAUGUGUCCUCAGAAAAUACUGUGCUCGACAACCAUCGGAAGAAAACGAAGAAGCUGUCCCACCAUUUGGAGAUUCGUAAGAAUCAGCAAGGCAAGCUUGUAAGAAGGAUGUGCGCCCUAUGUUACGAGAAGAUGAGGCAAACUUUCACAUGCCAAGAAGUGAGAAAAAAUGUAAAAAAAAACUACAACAUAUUGUUCGAAGUGUCCGAAAUCAUCCCAAAUGCGUUUGGAAUAUUUUAACAAAUACCAUGCGACAUAACAUAAUGUAAUAUUUUAUCCAGAAUAUAAAUUAAUAAAAAGUAUGGUAUAAUGUG